AUGGGCAUGGUUCAAGACAUGGAGAUGAGUGACCGGAUUGUAAGAGUAAAUAAGAGGUCUAGAAGUACUACGAGCCCUCUACAAGCACGAGAAAAACUUUCCUGGCACAGGGAUGCCAGGCCAACAUUCAAGCCCUUCUCGUCCCGGUGUCAAAUUCGACACCGCCAUCCUCCAUCCUUGGCAGCGGCGGUGAGCUUGCCAAACUCCAAACUUGAGGUGACUGACAUCAAAUUUCGAGGCCAAUCUCUCCCUCUCUAUCUCUUCUUGGCGGCCUCCGAUGUGGCUGACGCAAAGUGA